AUGAAGUAUUACCAACCUAUCGACCCUGAAGACCAGGAGAGCGAGGCGGAUAAUAUCUUCGAGAAGUACCUUGAGCGCUUCUGCCUCAAUAUGGAGUAUCACAAAGACAACUUCAAGGCCGACCGCAGGGAGGUCCGUGAUGGACUCCGAGAAAAGCUCCGCUGCAAGCUCAAGCAGCUCCGGGAGUCCAGGCGUCGUCGUAUUGAACGUCGACGUUAG